AUGGUACACGGCACCUCGUGUAGCUUUGCUCAGGUCACCCAGUCCCCUGACUGUGGCAGGGUGGAGGAUGAAUACCAGCCGUACUGUCCGAAAUGGGAACCUCUCCCUACAUACCAUCCGUACCCGUACGACUGUAAAAAGUUUCUCGAGUGUUCCAACGGUGUGGCGGUAGGGCAAUGUUGUUCCCCUGGGACUGUCUGGGACCAGUCGAUGCUCGUCUGCAACCACGAGGGAAGCACGCCAUGUGUAAUUUUCACGACGCCACCGCCCACAACGACCACUCCAACGACGACGACGCCAACGACCACGACGUCAACGACCACGACCCCAACGACCUCGACCCCAACGACCACGACCCCAACGACCACGACGCCAACGACCACAACGACUACGAAGCCAACGACCACGACCCCAACGACGACGACGCCAACGACCACAACUCCAACUACUACUCCCAAAACAACUACACCUGCGUCAACAACUACAGAGGACCCAAUUACCUGGAUUUGCCCGGAAGGUUACCAAGGACCAAUUGCCCAUCCGUACGAUUGCCACUACUUCUAUAUUUGUGAUCCCGGAAGGCGUGCGUGCCUUAUAGAAUGCUCCGCUUCGCUGUACUACAACCCGAACACUGAACAAUGCGACUGGCCCAACAAUGUACCUCAUUGCGUUGGAGGCACUCCCCCACCGGGCACACCCACCCCAAAACCACAGACUACGACACCCCUGCCAAAUUACAGAAACCAACCGAAAACUGAUGAGAGCAAUGUUUCGCACGAUCCUUGCGAAAUGGAUGAGACAUUGCUAAAAUAUAUUAGGAAUGCGAAUGCAAAUUAUUUUUCUUAACUGGCCAGAUCAUUUUUGAAAAAUAGUGCCCAAUUGUGUGUCAAAAAUAGACUUGAUAAAAUUGAA